CGUAUGCGGAAGCCUCCAUCACAGAAAGAGCGAUUCAGUAAACGGACUCUGUUGGCUGGACCAAGCACUGCUUCGAGUGCAGAACCGUAUUUUUACCGGCUACAGUACGACGGUGUGGUGGUGGAUGAUUGAGGGGGCCGGGGGAGUGAGCAAAGUACAAUGAACGACGCUAAGAAAGAGGGGAGUAUGGCUGCAGACGGACUCCGCGGACCGGGUGAGGUGCAAAUGGCCCCCUCUGUGAACCACAACCAGCAUGACAGCGGGACCGGCGACGAGCUGGUGAGCUCGGUGACGCUGUAUAGGCGAAGGCCUCGCCUGCUACACGGCACAGUCCUCCCGUUUCUGGCGGUUCUGUACCCGGGCUGGUUGUAUGUGUGGUUAGGAGUGUACGGUGCCUCCGAGUAUCCGGAGGCAGGCCUCCUGGCGCUAGCCGCUAUCGGGAUCGCGCACGUCCUCACAGCGCUCUCCGGUUAUUGGUCCGUGCACGCGCACUGCUGGCUCACUUGUUCCAAGGAACCAGACCCAAAAAAGGCUACACUUGCAAAGGUCAUACCCACCCCAAACAAUGGUUCUGCUGAGCUUGUGGCACUACAGAGGGAUCAGGAUGAAAAUGGGGAAGAGAUACUCUCGUUUGAGUUUCAAAAAAUCCGCUACACCUUUGACCACAGAGAAAAGAAAUGUUUCCUUCCAAUAGCAUUUCCCAUAAACCACCCAAUGGGCUACUUUCAGUCUUGGCGUGGUUACCAGGAAGAGUCUGAGCUUAGAGCUGCAGAAAAGCGUUAUGGCACUAAUCGAGCUGAGAUGGUGGUGCCUGAUUUCCUGGAGCUCUUUAAAGAAAGGGCCACAGCUCCCUUCUUUGUUUUUCAGGUGUUCUGUGUGGGGCUUUGGUGUUUGGAUGAGUACUGGUACUACAGUGUUUUCACAUUGUUCAUGUUGGUGGCAUUUGAGGCCUCUUUGGUUCAGCAGCAAAUGAGAAAUAUGUCUGAGAUCCGUCGCAUGGGUAACAAGCCCUACAUGAUCCAGGUGUAUCGUAACAGGAAGUGGAGACCUAUAUCUAGUGAUGACCUUGUUCCUGGUGACAUUGUUUCAGUAGGACGGUCACCUCAGGACAACUUGGUGCCAUGUGAUGUGCUGCUGCUUAGGGGGCGUUGUAUUGUAGAUGAAGCUAUGCUAACAGGAGAGUCUGUGCCUCAGAUGAAGGAACCAGUGGAGGAUCAAGAUCCAGAGCGAAUCCUGGAUCUACAGACAGACUCUCGACUUCAUAUCAUCUCUGGGGGAACAAAAGUGGUUCAGCAUAGCCCUCCUUUAAAGGCCAGCAUUGGACUUAAACCUGUAGACAGUGGCUGUGUGGCUUACGUACUAAGAACUGGAUUUUCCACCUCUCAGGGUAAACUGUUACGGACCAUCCUCUUUGGUGUGAAAAGGGUGACGGCAAACAACCUGGAGACUUUCAUCUUUAUCCUCUUCCUCCUUGUGUUUGCCAUUGCUGCAGCUGUUUAUGUGUGGGUAGAAGGGACCAAGGAUGUCAGCAGGAAUCGCUACAAGUUGUUUCUGGAGUGCACACUUAUCCUCACCUCAGUGGUUCCCCCAGAACUCCCCAUAGAACUUUCUCUGGCAGUUAACACAUCUCUUAUUGCUCUGGCCAAACUAUAUGUAUUUUGUACAGAGCCCUUCAGGAUACCAUUUGCUGGGAAAGUAGAAGUUUGCUGUUUUGAUAAAACAGGAACACUGACCAGUGAUAGUCUAGUGGUACGAGGAGUGGCAGGACUCAGAGAUGGAAAGGAGGUGAUGCCUGUGUCUGAGAUUCCUGUUGAAACACAUCGGGUAGUGGCCACCUGCCAUUCCCUGGUUACUCUUGACGAUGGACAGCUAGUUGGAGAUCCACUGGAGAAAGCCAUGCUGACUGCAGCUGACUGGACCCUCACCAAAGAUGAAAAGGUAUUCCCACGUGGCAUCAGAACUCAGGGUCUGAAGAUCCACCAGCGCUUCCACUUUGCCAGUGCUCUGAAGAGAAUGUCGGUUCUGGCCUCAUAUGAAAAACUAGGCUCCACUGAACUCUCCUACAUCUCUACUGUCAAAGGAGCUCCAGAGACACUCAGAGGAAUGUUUUCAGAGUGUCCAGUGAGCUAUGAUGAGGUCCACAGGGAAAUGUCGCGUGAAGGAGCUAGAGUUCUGGCCUUAGGAUACAAAGAGAUGGGACACCUCAGUCAUCAGCAGGUCCGGGAAAUGAGUCGUGAUGCUCUGGAAUGUGAUCUGCAUUUUGCUGGGUUCAUGGUUGUGUCCUGCCCCCUCAAGACUGACAGCAAAGCUGUUAUCAGAGAGAUCCAGGAAGCUUCUCAUCAUGUGGUGAUGAUCACAGGUGAUAAUCCUCUUACAGCGUGCCAUGUAGCGAGAGAGCUCCACUUCAUUCAGAAGCAACACACACUUGUAUUGCAGCCAAGUGGUGGGCAGGGUGAGUGGCAGUGGGAAUCCAUCGAUGGGAGUGUGUGUGUACCGCUGCCUCCUCCCUCUGUGUCUUCAUUUGUGCAGCAGUUUGACUUAUGUGUAACUGGAGAGGGGCUGGUCAGACUAAGCUGUGACCCCCGUUUACUCCACACCCUCUUGCCUCACAUACGAGUGUUCGCCCGUGUCAGUCCAAAACAGAAGGAAUUUGUAAUCACCAGUCUAAAGGGUCUGGGUUAUGUGACACUGAUGUGUGGUGAUGGUACAAAUGAUGUUGGAGCUCUCAAACAUGCUCACAUAGGUGUUGCGCUGUUAGCAAAUGCACCUGAGCGCAUGCCUGAGAAAAAGAAGCGCGGAAGGGAAAAGGAGACAUCCACAUCUGAAUCCAGACCGUUACCAUCUGUCAGUUCAGGAGGUAAACUGAGCUCCAGAGCAGCCAGGCAGAGGGUGAUGGCCCAGAGGGAGGAGCAGCUUGCAGCACAAAAGGAGAGGAUCAGUCAAGUCCUACGAGAACUUGAAGAGGAUCAGGUGCAAGUAGUGAAACUGGGUGAUGCAUCCAUCGCGGCCCCUUUCACCUCCAAACUCUCCUCUAUACAGUGCAUUUGCCAUGUAAUAAAGCAAGGCCGUUGCACUUUAGUGACAACACUGCAAAUGUUCAAGAUUCUCGCUCUAAAUGCUCUGGUGCUGGCCUACAGUCAGUCUGUACUCUACCUCGAAGGGGUCAAGUUCAGUGAUUUCCAGGCGACCCUUCAGGGCCUGCUGUUAGCUGGAUGCUUUCUUUUCAUUUCUAGGUCAAAGCCACUGAAAAGUUUGUCUCGAGAGCGGCCGUUACCAAACAUCUUCAAUCUUUACACGGUGUUGACUGUGCUGCUGCAGUUUGCAGUUCACUUCUGCAGUCUGGUUUACCUUUACAGAGAAGCUCAGAGUAGAAGUCCUCCCAGAGUGGAGCAAUUUGUAGAUCUAUAUAAAGAGUUUGAACCCAGUCUAAUCAACAGCACUGUUUAUAUCAUGUCUAUGGCCAUGCAGAUGGCCACCUUUGCCAUAAACUAUAAGGGUCACCCCUUCAUGGAAUCACUCAGUGAGAAUCGACCACUACUAUGGAGUAUUGCUCUCUCAGGUUUUGCCAUUGUGGGACUCUUAACUGGUUCCUCACCAGAAUUCAACGAACAGUUUGCUCUUGUAGAUAUUCCAACAGAGUUCAAACUAAUUAUUGCCCAGGUUUUGGUUGUGGAUUUUGUCACUGCUCUGCUGGUGGAUCGUGUCCUGCAGUUUCUGUUGGGCAAAGGAACUCUCAGGCUGCCUUCUUGAACUUAGUGCCAACAGCGACCGCUGCCCUUACCAACCAUACUGUAAAGGGAGAGAAGACUUUGGUUCAGGAAAAGAAUUAAAGCUGCUGUGUGACAUACACAAAACAGCUGAGACAGUCAUGGCGUGCAGUACUGUACACUCCGUGUACUCCUUCCUUUAUCCUGCUCUGCCCCCCCAAUCCAGUUCUGUUUUUGUAUUUUCAUCAGUUCUGUGUUUUAAUUCUUUUCUGUAAUUUUCCAUAUUUUUUCCCUUUUCUAUAUUUCUCUUCAUCUGUCUCCCUGCUGCUAUACAAGGCCAUGAAGACAGCAGUAUUUGAGUGACGUGUGAGACUGUGUGCCAGCCAGAGUGAAACACAGGGCACACAAAGGGGCAUUCUCCAAGAGAAUUGCAAAGUGUUUUGAUUUUUCUGAUUCCUCCUCCUUGAUUUUGUAAAAAGUGAAAAAAAAACAUCUUUAACAGACUUAUAAAAAGACUUACAGAAUUA